UCGUAUGAAGAGAUCUGUUACCGAAGAAUCACUCGAACCUUCAACUUCGUGGAAGCGGAAGAACUCGAGAAGGAAGGGGAGAUCCAUCGAAUUCUUCACAGAGAAGCAGCAAAAAAUGUCUUGGCUAUGGUUGGAAGCAGCUCUACCACUGGGAAUCAUAGCAGGGAUGCUCUGUGUGAUGGGAAACGCUCAGUAUUACAUACACAGAGCCGCUCAUGGCCGGCCGAAGCACAUCGGUAACGAUAUGUGGGACGUGGCCAUGGAGAGAAGGGACAAGAAGCUCGUGGAGAAUCUGUCCGCCCCUUCUCCCAAUUAAGGAAGCUUUCUCAAAACUUCAGAAGAAGGAAUAAAGUGCUUGUUUGAUAAUGCAGCUAUGCUAGGAAGUCUGAUGAUUAUCAUGUUUUCUAUUGUAUGUGAAUUUUCAGAGAUAAUGGUUAUAGAUAUGCCCAUUAUGUUUUCUAUGUGGAUUUUCAUGAACUUCUGAAUUUUGAAGACAGAUUAUGGACUUCUGCGCUGAUGAAUUUAACAAUAUUUGUGAAGUUGGUUUAAUUGGAGCUUUUUGGAUUUCGGUUGCCCUUGUAA